GGCGGGGCCCAGCCCACAAGAGCCUUGGCUGCUGCGGCUGCGGGAUGCUCUCGCUGUAAGAGGAGCGGAACGGAGCGUACUCGGAUCGCGCACACGCUAACCGCAGACACUUCCGAACCGAGUGAGCUUGUCUGUCCCAUCCUCACCAUGGCUCCUGGAGAGAAGAUCAAAGCCAAAAUCAAGAAGAAUCUGCCCGUGACGGGACCUCAGGCGCCUAACAUCAAAGAGCUGAUGCAGUGGUACUGUCUGAACACCAACACCCACGGCUGCCGCCGCAUCGUGGUGUCGCGUGGCCGCCUCCGGCGCCUGCUCUGGAUUCUCUUCACGCUGACGGCCGUGGGCCUCAUUUUCUGGCAGUGUGCCCUCCUCAUCUCAUCCUUCUACACUGUCUCUGUCUCCAUCAAAGUCCACUUCCAAAAGCUGGAUUUUCCUGCGGUCACCAUCUGCAACAUCAACCCUUACAAGUACAGUGCUGUGCGCCACCUCCUAGCCGACUUGGAACAGGAGACCAGAGCGGCCUUGAAGACCCUUUAUGGCUUUUCAGAGAUUACGUCUCGGAAACGCCGAGAGGCACAGUCCUGGAGUUCAGUCAGGAGGGGCACUGAUCCCAAAUUCCUCAACCUAGCCCCACUGAUGGCCUUUGAGAAGGGUGAUACGGGCAAGGCCAGGGACUUCUUCACGGGACGGAAGCGGAAAGUCAACGCAAGAAUCAUUCACAAGGCAUCAGAUGUCAUGCAUAUCCACAAUUCCAAGGAGGUGGUGGGAUUCCAACUGUGUUCUAAUGACACAUCGGACUGUGCGGUCUACACCUUCAGCUCAGGGGUCAAUGCUAUCCAGGAGUGGUACAAGCUGCACUAUAUGAACAUUAUGGCACAGGUGUCUCAGGAGAAGAAAAUCAACAUGAGCUACUCUGCUGACGAGCUGCUGGUCACUUGCUUCUUUGAUGGGGUGUCCUGCGAUGCCAGGAACUUCACGCUUUUCCACCAUCCAAUGUAUGGGAAUUGCUACACAUUCAACAAUAGACAAAAUGAGACUAUCCUCAGCACCUCCAUGGGAGGCAGUGAAUUUGGGCUGCAGGUCAUCCUGUACAUAAAUGAAGAAGAGUACAACCCCUUCCUGGUGUCCUCCACUGGAGCUAAGGUGAUUGUCCAUCGGCAGGAUGAAUACCCCUUCAUUGAGGAUGUGGGAACGGAGAUUGAGACGGCCAUGGCCACCUCCAUAGGAAUGCACCUGACAGAGUCCUUCAAGCUGAGUGAUCCCUACAGCCAGUGCACAGAGGACUGGAGUGACGUGCAGAUCACGAACAUCUACAAUGCCACGUAUUCCCUCCAGAUCUGCCUUCACUCGUGCUUCCAGGCUAAGAUGGUGGAGAACUGUGGGUGUGCCCAGUACAGUCAGCCUCUACCUCGGGGAGCCGACUACUGCAACUACCAACAGCACCCCAACUGGAUGUACUGUUACUACCAGCUGCACCAGGCCUUCGUCCGGGAAGAGCUGGGCUGCCAGUCAGUGUGCAAGGAAGCCUGCAGCUUUAAGGAGUGGACACUGACCACCAGCCUGGCACAAUGGCCAUCGGAGGUCUCCGAGAAAUGGUUGCUGUCUAUUCUCACCUGGGACCAAAGCCAGCAAAUAAAGAAGAAACUCAACAAGACAGACUUGGCCAAACUCUUGAUAUUCUACAAAGACCUGAACCAGAGAUCCAUCAUGGAGAACCCUGCCAACAGCAUCGAACAGCUUCUGUCCAACAUCGGUGGCCAGCUGGGCCUGUGGAUGAGCUGCUCCGUCGUCUGCAUCAUUGAGAUCAUAGAGGUCUUCUUCAUUGACUCCCUCUCCAUCAUUGCCCGCCACCAGUGGCACAAAGCCAAGAGGUGGUGGGCCCGGAGACGGGCACCUGCCUGCCCCGAGGCUCCCCGUGCCCCGCAGGGCCGGGAUAACCCCAGCCUUGACAUAGACGAUGACCUGCCCACUUUCACCUCUGCCUUGAGUCUGCCUCCAGCCCCAGGGUCCCAGGUGCCUGGCACACCACCCCCCAGAUACAACACCCUGCGCUUGGAGAGGGCCUUCUCCAGUCAGCUCUCAGACACUCAGGUGCCCGCUGAGUCCUGAGACAGGGCGGGGAAGAAAGAUGGAGCCAAGACCACCAGCCACGGUUGAGAACUUAGAGUCUCCAGCACACAGGGGGUGUCCUCCCCUUGCUGGGCUUUUCAGAGACAUUGACUACGAGUCUGCUUUGAACAAGGUGGGCCUGGGCGUGUGCAGGGGACCAUCGGACCCCUCCCAGCCGUACUCACGACCGCCUAGGACAAGCUAGAUCCUGCAGGCCAAACCCCUUAGCACACCUGCUACGGAGAGAGAUGGGGCCAAGGAGAUGGGGCCGGCCUGGACAAAGGCCAGGAGUGAAGCCUGACAGAGUUCUUGGCCAGAUCUUGAGAGAAAGAGAGAGCAAGAGACUCCUCCAAAGCCCCAAGUUGGGGGUUUCAGCCACUCCUCCAGCCUGGGCUGGGACCCAAGGAUGUGACUUUACAUGUUGAGGCCUGACAUUCACUGCCUGGUGCCAAAGAUAGGAGGAAGCUCUGGGCCUGGAGCUGGAGCUGUUUGUGAAUAAACCAUUCCUAGUUGCUGAAUUCGGAGAAGGCAAUGGCAACCCACUCCAGUACUCUUGCCUGGAAAAUCCCAUGGACGGAGGAGCCUGGUAGGUUGCAGUCCAUGGGGUCGCAAAGAGUCAGACAUGACUGAGCAACUUCACUU